AUGGCGGCUAUUGAGGUGGUUCACCAUAUCAAGACUAAGACCAAGGGUAAGAUUGAUAAUAUAACUCUUAAACUUGAUGUCAUUAAAGCUUAUGACAUGAUCAAUUGGAAUUAUUUGAGGGAUGUUCUCAUCACCAUGGUCUUCAAUCAAAAGUUGAAUGCUCCAAUCAUAUCCCAUUUACUCUUCACCGAUGAUUGCUUUCUUUUCUUCAAAGUUGUUCCAAAUGAAGCUAGCGAGAUGAAGAAUAUUCUAGACACUUAUGAAGAGGCUUCUGGACAAGCUAUUAACUUGCAAAAAUCUGAACUCUUUUGUAGCAGGAAUAUUGUUCCAGGUGUUAAAGAUAUGUUGGCAGAUACUUUAAGGUUUUUUUCUCUUCGGCCAUUUCUUUCGUGA